AUGGCGGCUCCCCUGGAUGACAUGUUUUCCUUCUGCGUGGAUCCCGGCAAAGUUGCCGGCUGCGUGGAUGUCCGAUUUAUAGACAAUGUUAAGGGCAAAGGUCUCUUCGCCAAAAGGAGCAUCAAGAAGGGGGACACCAUUUUCCUUGAGCGACCUCUGGUCUCCGCCCAGUUCCUGUGGAACGCUCUGUAUAAAUAUAAAGCCUGCGAGUACUGCUUACGAGCUCUGGAGACUGCAGAGGAGAAUGCGAGGAGACUCAGCGGCAUCCCCGGACUCAGCCUCCCUCACCCCGAGCUCUGCCGUGUUCGACCGGAGCUGCACCAGGGCUGCCCUCACUGCCAGGUGAUGUACUGUAGCAGCGAGUGUCGCCAGGCUGCAGCAGAUCAGUACCACAGGGUUCUGUGUUUGGGUCCCUCUGAGACCGAUCCAGACCAUCCCAUCAACAAGCUUAAAGACGCGUGGAGGAGUGUGCAUUAUCCCCCAGAGACCUCCAGCAUCAUGCUGAUGGCCAGAAUGGUCGCUUCAGUCAAACAGGCCAAAGACAAAGCACACUGGCAGAAGCUGUUUUCACACUUCUGCAGCCGGACAGGUAACGAGGAGGAGGAGAUCGCCCACAAGCUCCUGGGAGAGAAGUUCAGAGGGCAGCUGGCCUUGUUACACAGCCUUUUCAAAGCAGCACUUUAUGAUGAUCACCUGAGUCGGUGGUUUGUCCCUGAGGGUUUCCGCUCUCUGUUCGCUCUCGUGGGAACCAACGGACAAGGCAUCGGCACCAGCUCCUUGAGUCAGUGGGUUCAUGCCUGUGAUGCACUUGAGCUUCCCGCCCAGCAGAAGGAGCAAUUGGACUCUUUUAUUGACCAGCUAUACAAGGACAUUGAAAAAGAAACGGGAGACUUUCUGAACUGUGAGGGCUCUGGACUGUUUCUGCUUCAAAGCUCAUGUAACCACAGCUGCAUACCCAACGCAGAGGCGUCCUUCCCUGACAACAAUUUCCUGCUUCAGCUCAGUGCCCUUAGUGACAUCAACCCAGGAGAGGAGAUCUGCAUCAGUUAUUUGGACUGCUGUCAGCGAGACCGAAGCCGUCAUAGCAGACACAAAAUUCUGAGGGAGAACUACCUGUUUGUCUGCUCAUGUCCAAAGUGCGUCUCCCAGAUGGAUGAGCUGGACGUGACAUCAGAAGAGGAAGAGGAAGAAGAAGGCGAGGCAGAAGGUGAAACAGAGGGGGAUGAGAUGGAAGAUGAGAUGACAGAUGUCUGAUGAAAGACUUACCCAUAUUGUUCUCAGCCGUUUCCCUUUCCUGCCGCCACGCCAAGCAGCCAUGAAGCCCAGAGGAACAAAGACCAGUUCAAACCACGAGCCGGAUGUCACCAGAACUGUCGAGAUGUGUGGAAAAAAAAGUCUUAUUAGCAAUGCAUUUCAUUCAUUCUGUGUCCACUUUUCACCCACAGAGCACUACAGUAUUAGGACGGUUUCUGCUUCAGCACGCUGGAGGAGUUACAAAGAACAAAAACUUCCAGACUGUCAUAGUUUUCAGGUAAACAGUAAAGCACUGUUGUGCCUUUUUACACUUCGAAGACUAUGUAUAAAAAGUGCUGACAUUCCUAAAGAAUUCAUCAAAUGUUAAUGUGAACAGCUUUAAAAAUCCACAAUAAUAAAAAAAACAUUCUGAUCACUGGGUUAUUGUAAUAUUUCACAUCAGCUUAAUGUUUGGGUGACCAAACACCCUCCGUAAAUCUUUCUCACCUUGCUCCUGUACAUUGUGACAUCACCACUGGGUGUGGUUGGGGGUGCUGUAGAGCACAUUUCUGACUAAACAUUGAAACUUGUAUCUACAGAGGGCAAGUAAACAUGCCUACUGCUGCAAGCAACACUGAUGAGGUGAGAAUGAAUUGAAAUGGUAUAGUUCGAGGCCAAAAACAAAGACAAAAAAAGAGCUAAACGUUCCCAAAAAGCUCCAAUGAGUUGAGGGGAACUGCAGCUUUAAAUUCAAUCUGACAGUCAGUAUUUCAUCCUCACAGUUAUUGUAUCGUUUGAUCCAAUGUGCUGAAGUACAGAACCCAAACAGAGCUAUCCUAAUACAUAAUUACUCUGUGUCUGACCUCUAAGUCCACUAAAUUCAACCCAGAAGAACUGUUAUCAUUUCAAGGCAGUGAUUAAGAAAGGCCAAUUGGUUCUCAGGUGUUUUCUCCUUUUAAGAAGUUUCUUACAUGACUAUGCAUUCCUGUAUUGAAGAGGCUUUUAUUUAUGUCCCGUAGUAAUUACAGUCUUGUCAUACGGGAGGCAUCCAGCCAAUGAAAUAUAGUUCAGUUUUCUCUCCAUGAUCUAUUGGUUCAAGUUAAACAUUUUUUAAUGUAUUAUGGAGACCUUGAGUGGAAAAUUGCUUUGUCAGUAACUGUUUGCCCUUUGUUGAGAACUGUAUUUCAAACCACAGUUCCACAUGAAUGAAAAUGCUGCAGCCCACACAUGAAUCAAUAUUACAGCGUCUGUAAUCACAAAUCCCAAUAUUUUCAGUUACUCGACAAAGAUUGGAAAUAUUGAAUGAGUUAUCACAAUUUUCUCAGUGGGCAUUCAGUGCAAUGGCACAGGAGAAUGAGUAAGUCACACGAAUAUGAUUUAAAUAUUGUAACGGUACCAAACAGGAGCCAAGCAGUUGUGGUUUUUACUAUACUGGCAUAAACCAUUGAAAUUGGA